AUCACGUUCCUUCUAGCAAUAUCCAAUUUGUUUUUCACCAUAAUUGUGAUACUGGUCAUAAUUGUGACCGUUGUAUGGGCUACCCCUCCUCCUAAAUGCCCGGAUCAGAACGACGAAGAUGUUACUCUGUUUCCAAACCCUGAUGACUGCACAACAUACUAUUCUUGCAACUAUGGCUACCCAUGGCUGAUGCACUGCCCAGACGGACUUAUCUACAAUUCCACGGAGAGAGUUUGCGCUCGAGGAGAUUUAAGUUGCAGGCCUCCUCCACCUUCCACCACUUCGCCGCCAAGCACGCCAACCAAAGAUCCAACUGCUUCUCCAAAACUGUUUGAGGAGCUGCGUCAUCAUUCUUCGAGACCACCACGACCUACAGGAUCACCAAGACCACCACAUCCUACAGGAUCACCAAGACCACCACGCCCUACAGGAUCACCAAGACCACCACAUCCUACAGGAUCACCAAAACCACCACGCCCUACACCAUCACCAACAUCACCACGUCCUACAGACGAACCAUCUUCCUCUACCCAUUUACUCUCUAUCCAAGAAUUCUUGAAUGAUAAUCUGGCUACAGUGACCUGCCCAUCCUACAUCCAAGCAGGCGAGAUCGUAUUACUCAGGAAUCCAAACGACUGUGGCUCAUUUUAUCUGUGCAAUGGAGAUAUACCAGUGUUAAUGAGAUGUCCUGAGAAUCUUGUUUUUGAUCCUGUAAGCAAGCAGUGUGACUGGAAUAAGGAUCAUCAUACGUCGUCUGGGCCCAGACCCUCGACGACGCCUAAGCCUCCAAAACCCUCGAAGACGCCUAAGCCUCCAAAACCCUCGAAGACGCCUAGGCCUCCACGAACCACCACUCCACUUCCAUCUUCUACAGGAAGACCUUUCUUUUCGGAUAGUCAGGAAAGGAACUAACUUACCACAUAAUGAAAUCAUUCGUAAAUCGAAGUGAUAACAUACAGUAUUACAUUUAUU